CUUUCCUCGAAGUUGCAGAGCUUGACCAAAAAAUUCCUUCCAACCUUUUCUUUUCUUGUGGGUAAUUCUUGUCUUCGUCGGCGUCGCCUUCUUCUUCUUCGUCUUUAAUCUCAAUGGGAUCGGAAAUUCCCUAAUUUUUAUGCUUUGUUUCUCAUAGCUUGUGAUUUUAGGUAUUUUUUGUUGAAUAACCAUCGUACUAAGUUGUGUCUCCGUUUUUUUGCUCUCCUCUUCUAUUUUGUUUGUAAGUGUAGAUUUGAUUUCGUCUCUUUCGGGAGGUUUUUCAUGUUCUCCGCACUGCUGUUAUUGGGGGUCCCUUAUGUGUUUUUGUUCUCCUCCUUCACGGAUUUUGUUUGUGACUUUGGUUUUACAAUUCUUUGGGGUUUCGCAAGAUUUGAUGGAGUUCAGUGAUAUCCAGAUCGUUUUCCCCCUUUUGGUGGUGAUUUGAUGUUUUUAAUUACUUUCUAGUCUCCUGAGGAAAACUUUACUCUUUUCUUAGUCAGUUUGAUAUUCUCCUUGAAUUCGUGUUCAAUUUACUCUGCAUGCACGGUCUUAAGAUUCUUCAGGGUGUAAGUAUUCACUGAUCUGGCGGUUUGUUUUGAUUGUGUGGUCGGUUAGUUUCGGAUCUAAUAGAUUUUGCUUUCAUUCCUGCUCUUAGACUCUUAGAUUUGUCGGUGCUGUACUUGACUUGCUGUCAAUGUUCUGUUUGGUGUUGAUUUUUCAGUGUUGCGGUUUUCUGAUACUGCGGUUUUAUGUUUUGUGUUUUGCAGGUUGAGACUACCGAUCUGUUAUUUUCGCACUUUGAAGUGUGACUAACACCUCGAAAAUAAAAUUAAGUUGUCUAGGAGGAGCUUUUGGAAGAAAGAUAUGUCUAGCAACGUUAUAUUCAGUUCAGAAUACUAAUCUACUUGAAAACUUGUAUUGAAAGUUGCUUUCGCUUUUGAUUUAUAAUAUUGCCCCUAGAAAGAGGGGUUGUGGCAUUUGGGCAAGCUUUGGAAUCAUGCCUGUUUCAGGACGUGAAGAGACUGGGGUUAAAUCCUAUGACGGGCAGUUUAGUGGUUUAAUUGCAGCUGUGCCUAUCAAGAAAAGGAGGUUCCCUUUGAUUCCAACAUUUUCACCUUUGUCUGGAGAACAAGAUUCACUCACUGAAGAAAAUGAAAAUGAAUCUCUACGGAAAGAACAUUCAAGCACUCCUCAAGGAUCAACCGUUUCAAAUGCUAGUGUUGCAGACGCACCAAUCAAGAAAAGAAGGCUCCCCUCGGUUCAAGCUUCAUCUUCUUCGGAAGAACUUUCUUCACUACCAGAAGAAAACAAUGCAUCUCAUAGGGAAAAUUCGAGCACAACACUGGUUUCAACCCUUUCUAUCAAUUCUGCUGUGUUAUUUGAUACCAAUAAUAACCCUGCAUUUGUAGGAAAGAAUAUAACUUCUGAGGUUACAACUUCUAACCUUGCCCAAAGCAAUUCCAAUUAUGUUAGCCCCAAAAUUGAGGAACCAGAUCUUGCGUCGCACUCAAGAGCAUUGGAUGAUGCAAGCGGCAAAGAGAAGUUGAUUGCUAGUGAAAGUUAUGAAAAAAAAUCGGGACCCCAAGUGAAGAAGGAGAAUUCAGAACUCUUGUUGGCUGCUAAAGAAAGUCUUGCACUAAAUAUAGGAUCCAAGAUUAGCAAGCGAAGUGUUGAAGAGAAAGAUAAACAGGAGAGUUGUGCCAGCACUAAUUUAUCUUUAGGUUUUAAGGAGCACUUAUCUCCAGCUGUGCCUAGCCUUGAUAUUGGUGAGAGAUUCCAGAAAACUCAGAAAGCAGGGUCUGUUUCACUGAAGUUAUCUCUGAGCAAGGAAGAAAGUAGUUCAAAGAGUUGUAGUGAUGAUGCUAGAACUAGUAGGGCAAACUGGGAUCUGAAUACUACAAUGGAUGCAUGGGAAGAACCUGGGAGUGAUGCUCCUUUAGGUAAAACAUGUACUUCAGGUAAAACAUCUACUUCUGCCUGUGGGCUGCAAAUUGCUGGCAAGGCACCUAAUGAUAAUAAUGUUAUGUGUUCCCCUGGGAUGGAACCCACUGGCAGUGCUUCCAUAAAGCACACCACUGCAGAGAAUCGAAACAAAGCUUUCGUGAUUUCAUCCAGACAGUAUGGCCAAGAGUAUGAAAAUGUCAACCCUCGUAACAUUUGCGUUGCCUCAUGUCUUCAGAAAUACACUGGAGAACCUUCUAGAUUAUCUGUUAAAGAAAAAACAGACCUUCUCUUUCCUACUUUGAGCUUGUCAAAUGCUUCAGCCUCUGCUGUUGAUGGAAACAAAAGUAGUGUUAUGAUAGUAAAAUCAGAGCCAUUAGAUGAGAACUUGAAACAGGACUCAAAGGAGGCUAAGCCUAGUCCUGUGGGAUCAUUAGAUGGAGUCACUGUUAAACAUGAAUUGGUUGAGCGUUCCAGUGUUGAUUAUAUCAAGACGACUUCUAAAGGUAGCAAUCUUAAGUUACUCGAUCCUAAAUUUGUUAAAUAUGAACCUGGUCAUUCAAAUAAUCAGGGAAGACCCAUGAUGAUGGAGAAUGUAUCAGAUCAAAUGGGGGCAGGGUCGCUACAGGGAUCAGAUAACCAUUAUUCCUUAGAAAAGUCAGUGACUUUAGAAUCAGCGCCAUUUUCUGCAGGGACCGCUUGUCCUCCAGUGGAAGGCAUAUCUUCAGAACAGUUGACUACCAGUGCAAGUAUGGUUAGCCAUCAAGAAAAUCACGCUUCUAUAGAUGAAGCCUAUAUUGAUGAAAAAACAUCUGAGGGAGAUUGUUCAGGUGACAAGGAGGCUCCUCCAGAAACAGUUGCCACAGCCAUGGUUGAUAAUGCAGAAUUAAGUGGUCCUGCCGUGAAGGAUUGUGCAAGAGGUGGUGAGGAAAAAGUAGAUGAUGCUGAGGGAUGCCGGUUGAAACUCAUGAAUGAGCACCCCUUAGAUACACGGUGCAGUGGUGAAGAUGGUGUUAGUGAUGAUGAAAAGAUAACCUUAUCAGCUGAUAUGCUAGAGGAUGAUUCUUAUGGUUAUGAUUAUGAAUCGGAUGGCACUCAUUCUUUAACUGUUGCCAUGGAUGUAGAUCAGCGUGGUGAAGAGGAUGAUGAUUAUGAAGAUGGUGAGGUACGUGAACCAUUAAAGCAUUCUGUAGCAGAAGAAUCUGUUUGUGAGGUAAGAGAAGUAGAACGUGUUGUUUCUAGUCAUUGUGAUGAUGGCAAGCAGAUUGAGAAAGAAGUGUUAGGUGGUGAUUGCCCCACCUCAUCUUGUAUUGAUGAGGAUGACAAUAGGACUGUUACUCGUACCAAAAUAAAUUGUGGUAAAGAAGGUAUUGACGAUGAAUCAAUCAAUAUGUCUCAUAAUGUUACUGACAAAACUGUGUGUCUGCAAGAGUCAUUGGAAGCUGAAAACCCAAAUGUUGGCCCUCAAAUAAGGUCGUUAGAUUAUUCUGAAAGGAAUAAAGCGCUUAAUGCCAGAGAGACCAAAUUAGUAUCUGAAGACAAUAAUGGAAGCAAUGAAGUAGAUGUUGCUCAGUGUGCUGAUGAGGUUGUCAAGAACCUGGACAUGGUUAGAACUGACUUAGAUUUGCCAAAGAUGGAAGUAUCUGUAGAUAUUGAUAAUGCUAGCAAGGAUGUUAGUGAUAGUGGUAAUCAAGGAAGAAUUAUAAAUUUGGCCCAAGCUGCUAGUCCUUUAUCCCCUACUAAAUCCAGGUCCAUACCAGGCAGGGCACUGCCAUCUCAAGCUGGGAGGGAUGCGUUACCUGACGCAUUUCAUAAUGAGAAUUUACAUGGAGGAAGAGAUGAUAUUUACAUUGAUGGUCCUUGCAAAUUUUCAAGAGAGAGGUAUCAAGAUAUUUCACCUAGAAACUCAAGACUAAGUUUUGUGCGUGGUAGAGGGAGGAUUAAUAGCCGGAUAGACACAUGUCGAGGUGAAUGGAAAUCUGACCGUGACUUUGCUGGUGAAUUUUAUAAUGGUCCAAGUCAUUUUCGUGGUCCUAGGAAUAAAUUUGUAUCUGCUGUUCAUGAUGCUGAAUCAGAGUACAAUAAUGUUACGCAUGAUGGUUCGUUUGUUGGUAACAAUCGGUUGGGUAGGAAGCCCUUGAAUGAUGACAGACCAGUCGGUCGUCAUAUUACACUGAGGAGACGGUCUCCAGGGGCGAGAGAGAGCUUGCAAAUGGGGCAUAGAAUUCCUAGAACUAUGAGCCCAAGUAGAUGUGUUGGAGACGAUGGUUCUGAGUUUGUUAAUAUGAGGCAUGGUGAGAAGUUUUUGAGAGGUUACCCUCAGGAUACUAUGGAUCCUAUGUUUUCACGUCCCCCACCAUUUGAGAGAGGAGAUGGUCGAUUUACACGGGGAACAAGAAGCUUCAUUCAGAGAAGGGGUCCUCCUCGAAUUCAUUCCAAGUCUCCAAUUAGAUCUACGAGUCGCUCACCUGGUCCAUGGUCAUCCUCCCGAAGAAGAUCUCCUAGAGGAUCACCAGAUGGGUUUGGCGGACAUCCUGAAUUGGCCCACCGACGAUACAGAGUUGACAGAAUGAGAUCCCCUGAUGGUCCAAUUUUCUCUGGGGAGAGAAGAGUGGUCAGGAGGCAUGUCUCUCCAUAUAUGUCUCGUCCUUCUAAUGAUACGAGGGAUUUUGAUUCUGGAAGGGGUCGCGGGCAUCCCAGGUCUAUCAUAUCUAACAGGGGUACAUCUGGUCGAAUCAUGUUUAGAAACAGAAGAUUUGAUGCUGUAGAUCCCCAAGAUCGGCCAGAUAAUGAUGAGUACUUUGGAGGUCCUAUGCAUUCUGGUCGACAAUUUGAACUAAAUGGUGAAGGCAAUGGUGAUGAGAGGAGAAGGUUUGGCGAGAGACAAGGACCAGUUAGAUCAUUUAGGCCUCCUUAUAAUGGUGGUGUUAGUGAGAAUUUUGAUCUUGAUGCAGAGGAUGGGCCUAGAAACUACAGAUUUUGUGCAGCUGAUUCAGAGUUCCAAGAAAGAAGCAAUUUGAGAGAGAGGGAUUUUGACAGGCGUGUCAAGAACAGGCCAGCAAAUAUGCCCCCUAGAAGAGCAAGAAAUAUAGAUGAGCAGGAAGCAAAUUACAGGAAUAGUGGACAGGAGGUUUGGAGUGAUGACGGCUUUGAUGAUAUUUCAAGAGUGAAGAGAAAAAGAUUUUAGUUGUGUCGCUAGAAAGUCUACAAUUCAGGUCAAAAAAGAAAAAGAAGCUAGAAAGUCUGCCGCUUAAUGCUGCAGGAUAGGUGGAAAAUCUGUACUGCAAAUUUUCGUCUAGAAAAGUAUAUUAGAUUAAUUUUGAUUUAUAAAUAUUAUCCUAUGUUUGAAGACUUGAUGUGUGACUAAUUCAAGCGAAAGGGCAGAAUUAUUAUCGCUGCAUUGGGGAUAUAAUUUUUUCCAAAGUAUCUGUCUUUCUGAGAAAUGGGGACUGGUACUUUUUUGGGAUAUUAAUGGAUGAUUGUUAUUAUAAUUACUUUUGCAGAUUUUCUUACCAUAGUUCA